AGCGGAUUGGUUGUUCCUGUGUGCGACACGUGACGUACUGAGGUCCUUUCCGGCUCACGUAGUUCCGGAUUGAGAGCCAGCAUGGCUGAACUGAAGAUAAAUCGCAAAUUCGCGGACAGAUAUGAUCGGUACCGGGAGAAAGAAGAGCUGCAGCGGCUGAAAGAUCGAUAUGGGGACCUGGAAGAGGAGGGAACCUCAAGCUCUGAGUCUGAAGAUGAAGAGAUGACGAUUGACCCCAAACUAGACAGGGAGUUCUACUGCACACUGUCACUGCUGAAGAAGAAGGAUCCCAGAAUCUACCAGGAGGAUGUCACCUUUUACAGCAAUGAAGGAGAAUCUGCUCCAAGCCAGAGCAAACCAGCCAAAGAGAAGCCCAUGUACCUGAAGGACUAUGAGCGCCAGGUCAUCCUAGAGAAGGAGGGCAAAUAUGAGGAUGAGGAAGAUUCAGAGGAAGAUGAUGAUCUGCAGGAUCAGAGAGCGCGCUCCCCCACAUACCUGGAAGAGCAGAAGCAAAUCAGAGAGGGCUUCCGGAAGUUUGUGGAGGACAGUGACAAUGAGGAUGUUGAGGAAGCGGCAGGAAAUCUGUUGACGAGGAGAAUAAAGACAAAGAAGGAGCAGGAGGAGGAGGAAGAGGAAUACAUUGCCUGGCUAAAGGGCCAGAAAGAAAUGCGUGACAAAGGUGGAGUCAAGGAGAUGAGUUUCUUAAAGGAAUAUUGGUCUGACCCUACUCUGGAUGAGGGGGAGAAAUUCCUGCGGGAUUAUAUACUCAACAAGGAAUAUAUGGAGGAGGACUCUGAGGAGGAAGACGAGGAAUGCCCCCCAGCUCUAGAAGAGGCUCCACAUGUGUCCGAUUCUGAGGACGAGGGGGAACUUUUCCUAAAGAAACAAGAAGAUUUCGAGAGAAAAUACAAUUUUAGAUUUGAGGAGCCAGAUUCUGAGUUGGUCAAGACCUUCCCCAGAAACAUUGCACAGUCAGUGAGACGCAAGGAUGAUCGGAGAAAGACGAAGAGGGAGGAGAUCAAAGAGAGGAAAAUAAAGGAGAAAGGGAAGAAACAAGAGGAGCUGAAGCAGCUGAAGAACUUGAAGAGGAAGGAGGUGUUGGAUCGGCUGCAGAAGCUUCGGGAACUGGCAGGAGAGAAGUCCUUGAAUGUUACAGAGGAGGACCUGCUGGAAGACUUUGACCCGGAGAAACACGACCUCAUUAUGCAAAAAUGCUUUGGUGAUGACUAUUAUGGGAUGGACGAGGAUCAGAAGCCACAGUUUGAGGAGGAGGAGGGACUGGAAGAUGAGUGGAACUGGGACUCCUGGACGGGGGAAGAGCAGGAAGAAGAUCCCCAUUGUGAUGACCCAGAAUUUGUGAUGGAUGCAGAUUAUGACCCAGAGGGGGUUCCCGGACCUUCGCGCAGAGAGAAGAAGAGAAUGCGCCUCGAGGCCCAGCAGAGCGGGAAAAAGAGGAAAAAAUCCAAAUUUGCUGAAGUUGUGAGCACACAGAAGCCAGUGUUUGAGCCAGGUGAUAAGACCUUCCAGCAGUAUCUAGAUGAAUAUUACCAGCUGGACUAUGAAGAUAUCAUUGAUGACUUGCCCUGCCGCUUUAAAUACCGACAGGUGGUGCCGUGCGACUUUGGGUUGAGCACAGAAGAGAUACUGGCGGCAGAUGAGAAGGAAUUAAACAGAUGGUGUUCCCUAAGGAAGACUUGCAUGUAUAGAUCAGAAAAGGAGGAGUAUCAGGACCAACAUGCCUAUAAUCAGAAGGCACAGAAUGUAUGGAAGAAGCUUCAGGUUUUAAAGUCUUUGAAUCAAAGCGAGGAUACCCAAGAGAACACGCCAUCUUCCAAAACGAACGUAGGAAAGAAGAGACGAGACAGACUGAAGAAAACCGAGGAUGAGCAGCAGCAGUUGGAGACAGCCGAGCAGCCAAAUGAGGAGACUGCAGAAGAAGCCGUAGACGUGAGCUGCAAGAGUGACUUGCCGGCUUCCAGUGAGGACACUUCAAAGAUCCCUGUUCCCAGCAAAGCUGCUGCAACGAUCCCGGUCCCCAGCAAAGCUGCUGCUAAGAAACAAGGGCCCAAAUUGAGCUUGAGCCCCAGCAAACCAGACGUAGCAGUGAGGAACAAAGAGGAAGAAGAGACGCUAGAGAACCAGAGUGAAGGACAUGCAGAGGAAGCAGUAGGACCCCCAAAGGCCAAGAGAAGAAAGUUUGUCAGGAAGGGUGGGCGUUUGUUGAGCACCAAAGUGAAGUUAGGUGGGCGAGAGUUCAGUGGGCAACGUUUACGGGCGUAUGGUCUGAACCCAAAGAGGCUUCGCUAUCGCCAGUUGGGGAGAGAAAGGAGGAAAAAGGAAAAGGCCAAGACAAAAGCCUAGAAAGGGUUAGUGGUUCCAUUUAUCCAAUCAGAACACAAACCAGUAUCCUAUUAAUAUACAUUAACCUUUGUACAGGACUCUUGGGGGGGCAGCUAAAAAAAACCACUGGACAAAAUCCCACAUAAAAAGGUUUAUUUCCCGCAUAUAAAUAAAAACUUGCCAGAA